ACGUUACUUGUGUGGCCAUACUUCAAACUCAUGCCAUACUCUCCGCUUCAGAUAUGGCAGAAUUCACAGCCUGGGUAGAGCAGAACAAAGCCUUGUGGUCACGCGUCUAUGAUGAGGUCAUACAGCCUAGUCUCGAGAAAGAAUGGAAUACGAGAGAAGAGAAGCACCAGAAAGAGCUGAGGCAGAAAGACAAGAGCCAAGAAAUCUUGUUGGAAAAUCUCAAUAGCGAGAUUUUGAAGUCUGCACGUCUUUCUCAGGAAAAUGCGCAGUUGAAAGAGCAAAUUGAAUCCAGGACUAAUACGCAUGUUGAGACGAGGGCCACCGCGCCAACGGUGUCAAGUGAAGAGCACCGCCGCCUGGUCGAAGAAAUUGAGACAUUGAAACAACAGCUCAUCACACGCAAUGUAGAAGUUGCACCGUCAUCACCCAAGCCUGAGGCAGUCAAAAACAUUGGUUCGGCCAUUUCGGAAGACAAGUACCAUAAUCUUGCGGAAAAGUUUAACGAACUAAGAAAGAGGUACAGAGAUGUAUCUCAGAAAGUGAAGUAUCUCGAGAGGAAGAAUGCAACAGUCAUGCAAAAGAACAAAGACAUGAAGGAGAGUGUUCGUGCGUGGCAAGAGUAUGCAGACCGGCAAUCAGGGAAACAAAAACCAAAGGCCCAGGCAGAAACAGAGGAAGCAAGGUUGCACUUAUCGGCAGGCCAUGUCUCUCUCGAUGAUCAACCUAAUAUCCCUUCAAGUCCAGGAACUUUGGCUAGUGUGAGGACACCCUGUUCUGUCGCAGACCUGGGGCGCUCGUCUCCUCAUGUGAUGAAUCCGCUUCCGGACGCUAUUGAAGAAACUACGCGUCAGUUGACAUCCCCCAAUCUAGUUACUGGCGAUGGAAAUCAGGGCUCUAGUACCACUGUCACGCCAAAGGCACGGUCUCGCAUCGAGCCCCCCGCACGCGCGCGAGCCCGCAAUACGGGUGAGGAUGUCCAGAAAGUCUCUUCAGGCAUCCAACGCAUAAUGUCAAACCAGGACAAUCACCAGCCAGCUCACCCAAGUUCAAGUCAAACGACGGUAGAUGAGCCUAUUGAAUCAAUGAGUAGGCAUGAACAAUUGAUGGCCGCUGAAGACGACGAAGAUAUACCCGAGUUCGUUUCCGAGAGAUCACCAAAACGAAAGCGUGGAGAGCGUCGGAAGUCAAGAUUCGAGAUAUAUACAGAUCGAUCAUCCGAUGGUACACCAAUCAAGCCAUAUCAUGUGAAAGAGGAACAAUGCAGCAGCCCUCCAAUCUCUGCCUGCAAGCUGCGACACAGCGAGACAAUGGACCUGGACGACCCGGCACCUAACCUGCUCAAUACACCUCGCCAUAAUCGAAGGAGUCUGUCGAACCUCACAGGCAGUACAGAUAUACCCCGCCAGCAGAGAUGUAGCAGUGCGCCGCUGACACAAGAUAUCAAAACGGAAUAUGUGCCAGACAAAGGAAGACUGGUGCAAAAUGAUCCCUCAAAUAUGGCCAUGGAAGCGCCCAUGCUUCAAGAGGUUGCGAGCAUCGAGGCCCGAGCCUUCAGCGAGCCCACGGAGCCUGCUCAGGCAGAAAAUGCUAUCCUAAGACCCAUUGAUCUAAAUGUAGUGAAUAGUGCUUCUGAGGAACCUCCAAACAAGCGCUUCCGACAAACCGGAGAUCGAGUUCGACAGAAAGAUGAAAUGCUGCUAGAGUCAGGCGAAACUUCACCCCCUCUGGACACCAAGUUGCGAUUACCGCCAAAGUCCGCUCGGGCGCGGAUAAAUCAAAGGGUUCAAAUGCCUACGAAAUCUUCGCCAAAGACUCCACAAGCGGGUCCAGUCAAGAUCAAAACCGAGCAGAUCCCCACCCCUCCAUCAGGCUUGUCGCGCACGAUACGUACACCUGCCGAUGGAGCAAAGCCAUCCAAGUCAGCAUCCAAGUCUCGCUCGGACCCACGGGGCGAACCAACGCCAGAUCGCCCCGUUUGGACCCUGAAGCCGCCUGAAACACGAUCUAGUGCUCGUAAGAGUCGUGCUUCGCCAUUGAAAGACCAAAGUCGUUUGCGCGAAAAGCCGGUCGCAGAACUCAGUGUUCAAGAUUUCAAGCCAAACCCAUCCUACAACCAAGGUUACAGCUAUGCAUUCUCCGAAACCGUUCGCAAGCGUGGAGACCGCAUGUGCCUACCAGGUUGUACAAACCCACAAUGCUGUGGGUCUACUUUCCGGACUCUUGCGGAGGCUCAGGCACCUCUUAGUUCGUCCCAAGAAGAGGUUCUACUUGAGGACUACCUUGGGGAGGCAUACAACAAUAUGCAGCUCACACAAAUGUCAUCCGAAGAACGAAAGGAGCUAGUGUUACAAGCGCGAACCAAAAAAAUGGCAAAAGAAUCAGGGAAACACCGUGAGGCUUACGAGCGCCGAAGGACCCCACCGGGUUUUUGGAGAGUGGACUUUCCAACGACACAAGAACAACAAGAAGACCGGGAGCGUGCGAAAGAACAGGAGAAAUUAGUAAUACAAGAACGGUGGCUCGAGGCGCAAAGGAAGGGCGGUAAAUGGAUAUUUAGAGAUGAGUAAUGGCUUGGUUCAGAGGCAUCGAACCGCUGUUACGGCGGUCCCCACAAUAGCCAACCAUGGUUCGGAUCAUGUUUUCCCUGGAAAACCAAUGGUGCAAACUGCUGCGUACUAAGGUACGAUUGUAGAAAUUCUGUUAUU